AUGGCCUCAGCAGAUACUACAACGCAUGCUGGCACAACAGCCGUGCCGACUUUGAGCAACAAGAUUCCCAGGCUGGAACCCCGCCGCCGUCGACAAACUCCCUCCAACCCAAUACCUCGUCCCGAGACGCCCGCGCUACCUAUACCACUAGGCCUCGACGACCUCGAAUAUAAAAUCCCUUCAAGACGGAUCCUUUCCCAAAAAGACCACGAGCUAUUCCUGUCGUCCCCUACAUACACGCUAGUUCUGGCUUUCGUUUUUGGCCUCUCUGAGUCCGUCGAAGAUACACCUCGCUCCGCCAUCAAAGAUAGCGAACUCAGCCCUACGCUACAGUCCAUCCUCGGCAUACUCGACAAAGUAGACGGAUUUGUCAAAGAGACCCCCCCAGAUGAUCAAGAGGGCUCGCGCUUUGGCAACAAGGCCUUCCGGACGUUCUUGGACCUAGUGAAAGAGAAGGCAGAGAGUUGGCAGACGGGAUUGAGCGUUGCCGAGGCCGCGAAUACUGAGGUCUCGGUCUAUCUGGAGCAUUCCUUUGGAAACAGGCAGAGGAUAGACUAUGGUUCUGGACAUGAGCUCAACUUCAUCAUGUGGCUUCUAUGCCUUUACCAGCUCCGAAUCAUCACUAAGGAUGACUUCCGACCCUUGGUCCUCAGGGUAUUUGAGAGGUACCUGCAGGUCAUGCGCAACGUCCAGUUGACGUACUAUCUGGAACCCGCUGGCUCACACGGAGUCUGGGGCUUGGACGACUACCAGUUCCUCCCUUUUCUAUUUGGAGCCUCGCAGCUUCUUCACCACCCAUUCAUCACACCGUUAGCGAUCCACCAAGACCUCACACUGGAGGAGUUCAGUCACGAUUAUCUCUACCUUGGCCAGGUCAACUUUGUCAACGAUACGAAGACGGUCAAGGGUUUGCGAUGGCACAGCCCCAUGUUGGACGAUAUCUCAGCUUCCAAGUCGUGGACCAAGGUGGAGGGCGGUAUGCGCCGAAUGUUCGUCGCCGAGGUUCUGAGGAAACUGCCAGUCAUGCAACACUUCCUGUUCGGCUCACUAAUCCCGGCAGUGGAUGGGAUGAGCACAGAGCAGGACUUUGAGCUAGGUGACGAGGAACACGAAGAGGAAAGCGGCGAGAUCGACCCGGGGAAUGUGAGCAAGCAUAAGCAUCAACACGUUGGAUGGGGCGAUUGCUGCGGUAUCAAGGUUCCCAGCAGUGUCGCCGCUGCUCAGGAGAUGAGGAAGAGGGGGGCACGUGACAAUCUUCGACGGAUACCCUUUGACUAG